CUUCUGUGUCCUUUGUGUCUAGUAAGGCAAAAAACCUGCCGUUGUGCAAGACGCUGUUUUCAUCUUUACUUGCGAAUCUUCUCUCCUUAUCUGCUGGAGUGAGAUGGAGAACUUUGUGCAUCUGAUCUUCUUGGUCUCCUUGUCAGAAGCAUACGCGACUGAGGAUGUUCCAACGGUGUAUGGUGUCGAAGGAGAGCCCAUCACCAUCAAUUGCACUUACAACCCCCAGGAGAACCAGUGGAGAGAGAAGAGUUGGUGCAAGCUCAUCAGUGAGAUGUCAUGUCAGCAUGUUGUCAGUGCCCGGCGUUUUUGGAUGCCGUUCCUCAAAAGAAAGAAUGGCACCACCGCCAUCGCGGACAACAUCCAGAAGGGGAUUCUCACAGUGACCAUUGACCCAUUCCAGAAAGAGGAUGCUGGUUUGUAUCAGUGCAAGACGGAAUUCUUGGGGAUUACGAAUAUCCUGCAGAAAGUGAAGGUGGAAGUUCGGACAGGUCUAUGGGAGACUGAGGCACCUGAGGAGCCCAGAGCAGUGCACAGCAUCUCCAGCACCCUGUCAGAUGCUGAAGUCAAUCUUCGCUUCCUUGUGGCUGGAUUCUUGGGUUUCAAGCUCCUGGUUGCUGUAGUCAUCUUGAUCGCUGCCAAGAGCCAGUGCAGCAGACAGACAAAGGAUGAGAGCCAUGGAGAAAAUGAGCACCAGCUCUUCCCAAUCACAGGUGAUGUCAGUACUCCGAGUGCAAGAGACUACUGAGAGCAGGGCUGCUGCAGAGGUCCUUUUUAAAUGACUUCCACAGAACAUGAAUGGGGCUGGCCAUAUCUUGUGCCAACCUAGUAGAAUAGGGAAUGUCAAGGUGAGUCCCUCACUGUUCUGUACCCUAGACCACCUUGCAGAGCAUUUCGGGGGCAUACAACCAGCUUACACAAGGAGACAAAAAUGCUAAGAUGGAAGCCCAAAUGUGUAUAUUGUUUCCAGCAAGGCAAGUGCCUCCUUGAGCUACGUCUAGUCUAGGCCUGAUGCAGCCCAGAAUCACCUGUGACAUCACAGAAUUCUGGGGCCUGUUUUCAGUUAGUGUGCAGAGCUACCCACAAUGCAAACAGCACACCAUCUUGGAUUUCUGCAUUGCUUCCUUGAAUCGUGGCUCUCCUGAUGGCUGCCUAUUCUAGCCGUGUUUUUCAGUUGCCCCCUCCCACAGCUGAUGGGUACAUUCACAAUACAAAUUCAUGACUUUCCACAAUGAAUCCUGAUGACAAGUUCUGUGAAAAUGCUAUAAAUUUGUUGAGAGACAUCCAGCAAUCAAGCCCUGUUGUGCCUUCUGGAAAAACCCAUGGCAUUGCUAACCCCAAAAUGGAAAUAAUGAGUCAGGAAUUUAGUGUGAUGCAAUGGGCUUGUAGAUCAUGAGUUCUCUAAGUGACACAUUUGAGGCAUUGCUGUUUGUUCACAAGCUUUUAGAAUGAAUUGCUGUUUCAUUCUCCUACUCCGCCACCCCAGUAUUCCAACUGCAAAUUCAUUUCUUUAAAAUGAAAGCUUGGAGUGCUGUAUAUUAAAUAGAGAAGAUAACUUCAUGUGGUAGUAGCGACCUUGGGUUAUAUUUGGAUGCUUGCUUCGUUUAAUUUCAUAGCACAAAUGUCUCUUCUCGUUUCCAGGCUAAAAGGGGAAGUUUGGCAUAAAUGGGAUGUGAUGGAAAGAUGAAUGAGUAAGAAUUCAAAGAUAGGUGCAUAGAAAUUGCUCCAAUAGACAAGAUGUGAAGGACAUGCUUGCUUUCUCCUGUGGCCUGUGCCCCUUGACCAAUGCAAGGACUGUGGUGGUUCCAUUUAUAAAGCCAGAUGUUGCCAGCAAGUCAAACUAAACAGCUUUGCUGUAGACAAUAAAGAGUAUCAGAUGGAUGCUCCGCCCAGAAGCACUUUUAAUAUUAUCUUGAGAACAAUCUGUAUAGUGUAAGAAUAAAUGUAAGAAUGUA